AUUAAUUUUCCCUAAAAGCAAUUCAUUACAUUUACAUGAACAUGUAUUCGUACAGUCAUUCAAAUACUUUACAUUACACGUAGUUACUUCGUUCACUAACAAGGACUCACUUGGAGUAAUAACAUUUGCCGUUGACAAAGGUAUAAGAUGUGUCCUGGACCUUUUUCGGUUAAUAUGAGUGGAGAAAAAGUAAAAUCAUCACCUUUACGUCAAACAAGUAGAAGUGCAUUCAUGAUGGACUCAAAUAAUAACGAGUCAGAAACGUUUUUAAGUGAUAUUACUGACCUUCUCUACAUAUUGAAGGCGACAGGGCUCUUGCCCUUCUUUCGAGCUAUAUCCAACUAUGAACUAGGACCUCCAUCUAUAUUAUCACGUAUCUACACUAUUAUUGCUCAUCUUCUGAUUCAUUCGAUGACGAUUUACAAUCUUUAUAACCUAUUCUCGGAUGGUUCCACACAACUAUUUUAUUCGUAUCGUGAAACGGAUAACAUAAACUAUUGGAUUGAAAUCCUUUUGUGCAUUGUAACAUAUACAACGACAGUUUUCUUAUGUUUCAGAAACGGGAAAUCAUAUUUGAACAUUUUAAAUGACACUCUCAAAGUGGAUGAGGAAAUAAGUCGAAAAUUUUCGAUUAAUAUGGUUAAUAAUUGCGGAUUUGCCAUCAAGUUCAUUAUAAUAAUAGUAAUUUUCCAAGUUUACAUAAUCAUUUUACAAAUAUUGUCAAUCAAGGAACCAUUAACUGUGGCCUCAUACAUUCUCAUUGCAUUUUAUUCAUUGCAAAAUGGUUUGUCGUCAAUAUUCAUCGUGUAUGCUUCGGUUCUCUUGCGUAUUAUAACGGUACGUUUCGAAUUUUUGAACAAAAUAAUAACUGGUUACACGUACCGUGAGCAGAAGGCAAAAGUCAGACAACGAAUUACACGUGUGAACAACGGCGACAUUUUCUCACAACCACGAUCCAUGGAAAACUUUCCAGAUGAGUCACUAUUUGCCUUUCGUAUGUACAAUAAAUUAUUGCGUCUCUACAAGGCUGUCAAUGAAUGUUGCAGUCUAACACUGGUCGUCUAUAUGGGUUAUGCAUUUUAUUCGAUUACCACAACUACAUACAAUUUAUUUGUUCAGAUUACAACACAAAUGGACAGUGCAAUGGAAAUGUCUGUGAAUGUGCUGCAAAUCUGUUUUGUAUUACUGUUCAUUAAUACUAUUAUGUUGGCCCUAUUAUCGCGGUGUGCUGGACAAGCUACAGAUCAGGCAAAUGAAACAUCGGAGAUACUAGCACGCGUGUAUGGUAAAAGCAAGGAGUAUCAAAAUAUCGUUGAUAAAUUUUUAACAAAAAGCAUUAAACAAGAAGUACAAUUCACUGCUUAUGGUUUUUUUGUUAUCGACAAUUCGACACUUUUUAAGAUAUUUUCGGCCGUUACAACAUAUCUGGUUAUUUUAAUACAAUUUAAACAAUUGGAAGAAUCAAAAACGGUGGAUGCAUCAUAAAAAUCAAAUUAAAUUUUUAACAAG